GUAAAAUAACAUGUAAUGAAACUCUUAUUUUUGCAGAAAAAGUCCCUGGAGUCCAUAAACUCCAGACUUCAGCUGGUGAUGAAAAGCGGUAAAUAUGUGCUAGGAUACAAACAGACUCUGAAGAUGAUUCGUCAAGGCAAAGCCAAGCUGGUCAUCCUAGCCAACAACUGUCCUGCUUUGAGAAAAUCGGAGAUUGAAUACUACGCCAUGCUUGCAAAGACUGGUGUCCAUCAUUACAGUGGCAACAACAUUGAAUUGGGCACAGCAUGUGGAAAAUACUACAGAGUAUGCACGCUGGCUAUUAUUGACCCAGGUGACUCUGACAUCAUUAGAAGCAUGCCAGAACAAACCAGUGAGAAGUAAAUGCUGUAAAGGUGGUCUUUCUACAAUAAACUGGUUUCAGAUCUGUUUUAAGAAAAAAUUGUAUUGUAUUAUACUUCUGCUGGUUUUAGAGAACAAACUAUAAAUGAAGAUUCAUUA